AUGCAUUUAGCCAUUUCAGCUUUAUUAGGAUAUGUUCCUGUUAAAAAUUUUAUAGGAUUUGUUGCAGCUAAAUUAACUUGGAUAAAACCAGGUUCAACGGGAGAAUAUCUUGAUAAUUUAAUGGGUGGAAAUCCAAAUUCAACCAUUGGUCAAAUUGUUGGAGGUUAUCCUGGAGUUGGUGUGUUCGAUGUUAGCCAUGGAUUUGGAGGUGGUCAUGGAUUUGGUGGUAGUCAUAGAUUCGGUGGAUUGGCACAUAGUCAUCAAUCUAGUCAUUUUUCACAUUUUUCCCAUUAUGGUAGUACAUAUGGUUAUUCGAUGCACUGA